AUUAAAAGUUUAAAAGGAAAGGUUGAAUCACUGGAAAACAAAAUAAAGCGAAUGAAGGAAGAACAGAAGGGUAAUAAGGUUGCACAAGAAAAGCUGCAUGAAAAGCUUGAAAAUCUCUCCGACUCAUUGUUGCGCGAAACAGAUGCCCGCAAAUUGGCGAUAUUAGAUUUGAAUCACCUAAGAACCGAGUAUUCCGACCUCCUGGAGUACACUAAGGAACUCAAUUAUCAGAGUCAGGAAGGCGGAGACCCCGUCACUCUUAAAAUUGCACUAGAGCGAGCGCAGGAAGCCCAUACACAGGCAGUAAAAAGAAUAGUCUAUUUGGAGACAGAAUAUAAUGAUGUCGUACCGAAGAGAGAAUUCAGCGAUGUUCAAAAUCGUUUGCAGCUUGCUGAAUCUGAGGUUGAGCGAUUGAAGACUCGAUGUCAAGAUCUGGACACUCAAUUAACUGCCAAGACUGAGGAGUUAUCGGCAACAGUUCGGGAGAAGAGAGAACUGGCGGAUAUGUUUGCUACGCUGCAGAAUGUUUCAACACCACGACCUGAUUGGCCGCGAGUAGCCAGUUUGGUACCUGGAGGUCGUAGGCGUUGGCAACAAUUGACUACAGGCAAAACCUCAAAGGAGAAGUUGGUCAUUUUUGCCACAGAAUUGGCGGGCGAGGCAAGCAUUGCGCCCCUAAUGAAAUCGGAUAGUCGGGAAAUGGAGGAGACAAAGAAGAAAGUUCCCAAAUUCUUGGAGAGCUGUCUACAAAUGCCACCUCGUCUCUUUCCCAAGCGCGACCUUUUGCUACUUCUUGACUAUCUUUGGCUCGGAAGACAGAAACAAUUGACGGAUUAUUUGAAAAGUCGUGGGACCAAGGAGCACUUGAAAUUGUCGAAAUUCAAUGACUUCCUCCAUGAAUAUCUGAAGAAGGCGUUUGGAGUGGAGGGCAUUCGUCGAGACUGGAGUCUCUCCUUAUAUGUCGCGGGCGAUGUAAUGACCGAAUGCGAGGACAUUGUACGCUUCCGAAAGAUCAUCGACAAUGAGAUGGACGAAGCGUACCACUGGUACCUACACUCCUUGACUGGUCGGCUGUUCAGUCAGUUGCGUGAGAUGGCGCAUGCUACAGCUAUUGCCUUUGCGGUGCCCACAAAGCCCACGGAAGUAGGUGAAGAGACGAUGAGCGAUGCUGCAAAAGCAAUCACGAAUGGAAAGGAAGUUUCAAAGGUACCACCUCCACUGACCACCUCGAAUACCGAAUGUCAUCUGACUGCUCACCAACUUGGUAUCGUUCUCGCCAAACUUCUUCAAUGCGAACCUCAAAGUUCUGCUGUUCUGAGUCUCAUUCAAGCCGCCCUCAUGCCUGAGGACGGCAGUGAUGAAGCUGAAGGCGAGAUAUUAGCAACAACAGUCAUCGAUAUGGACACGAUGAUCUCGUUGGAGGAGCUUUUUCGCCAGGCUCCAGGUGAACAACUUCCGCACUUUGUACAAACACUUGUGAACCAUCUUGAACAAGGGCGAAGGAUGAUCAUUGAACACAUCAUCACAGAAAUUCAAAGACAAAAGUCAAGCGAUGUAACUGCAAUGAUGGUGACACCGGCCGAGGUACUCGAGGCCAUGAAAGUUGUGCGACCAGAAUUUGAGCCAGUCAUCGAAUCUUCACCGAACUGUUUCUUUCUGCUGAAGCAACAAAGGGAAGCAGUAGGUAAUGAAAAAGGGAGUCCUCAGAGCGUACUUCCAGACGACUUUGCAGUCUGCGAUCUAGACGAGACGAAUGCCACUCCAGAGGAGCAAGCAUUAGCCUGGGCGCGUUGCACGGACCGUGAGGAAGCAAAAAACUACCUCACCUCCACUGUUCACUGGAUUUUUCAAACCGACGGCAUACAAACUACAACGUCAGACAGAGCCAUUCCUCUGGAAGUACUUAAACAACGUCUUUAUGGUGCUAAUAUAAAGCCAAACAACAGAAUUACUGCAGUGGAGUAA